UCCAGCAAGGAGCAUCAUGCGACGACAUAAAAGCCCAAAGUUUGAUGUUCCUCGUAACGGCUCAGUUGUGUAUUCUCGUUCUGCACGAAGGAAAAACCCUAGCUUCCGUUCGAUCAACAAUGACAGGAGAGACAGUGAACCCCAAAGCUUACCCUUUGGCCGAUGCCCAACUCUCAAUAACCAUACUAGAUCUUGUUCAACAAGCUGCCAACUACAAGCAGCUCAAAAAAGGUGCUAAUGAAGCCACUAAAACCCUGAACAGAGGUAUCUCUGAAUUUGUUGUCAUGGCUGCUGAUACUGAACCCCUUGAAAUUCUUCUCCAUCUUCCUCUACUCGCCGAGGAUAAGAAUGUGCCCUACGUGUUUGUCCCUUCAAAACAAGCACUUGGGCGUGCAUGUGGGGUCACCAGGCCAGUGAUUGCUUGUUCUGUGACAACUAAUGAAGGGAGUCAAUUGAAAUCUCAAAUCCAGCAACUAAAGGAUGCUAUUGAGAAGCUUUUGAUCUGAAAAAAUCAAAAUCGGUAUGAUGGGCUUCUUGAGCUGUGCCAAUUGCUCCUUCUGAGGCUUUGACUGGACGAGCUGUUUUGGUUACCCAAUAGGGUUUAUGUAAACCUAAGUUGAUUUUCUUUUAUACCAUUAAAGGUUAUUUGCGAGUGGUAUUUUUGUGAUGAGUAUGAGUGAUGUCUUAAAUUGAAACAGUGUAUUGUUCAAUGCAAUUUUAUGUUGGUUGUUAUCUGAGAAUUGUAAUAGAGUACCUGAAUACUUUAUCUACUCAACAUACAAAAUUAAAAACGUCACAAUACAGUGGUGGCUGCACUGAUUGCUACAUGUCA